AUAGAAAAUGUAACACGAUUCAAAACGGACUUGGAAACUUUCAUGCAGUUUGGCAAAUAAAUUAUAAAACACAUCUAAGUUAAUAAUAAUUUGAUUAUGAACAAACUCAGAGGACCCACUAUAAAUUUAAAGCAAUACGCCCCAUAUACACUCAGGACAGUAUAUACUCAAUCAUCUAAAAAACAAAUAGAGGAAAGCUAUAAAGUUCUUAAUAUAAGCCCUGAUUCAAACCAAGAUGUGAUUCGACAAGCGUUUAUUGAAUUGGCAAAAAAAUACCAUCCGGAUUCGCAAUCGCCUGACGCCGAUAUUGACAAGUUCGUAGCUGUUGAAGAUGCUUUUAGAUUACUCUCUAAGCAUAAAUCUGUAUCCAGCAAGAAUGAAGAAGUGGAGAAAAUAAUAUUUGAUAUAAAACAUACAGCUCCACAGCAUCGGCAGUAUUUAAGCUUCGAAGGUGUGGGCCAUGGCACACCAUUCCAGAGAGAAAAGCAGUGGCACCAGGUCAGAGCCCAGAAAGCUGCUAAUAAUGUCUUGGAGCAUCGCAUCUCAAAGGCCAUCACCUCUGAAAAUACACUUAUUAAGAAGGAAUCAUUGAAGAAACAUGAUAUAAAAACCAAAUAUGGAUUAGAAAGAUUGGUGGAAGAUUUAAUACAGGAGUCUAUGUCAAAAGGUGAAUUUGAAAACUUGAGUGGAAAAGGUAAACCACUGAAGGAUCAGAAUACAAACCCUUAUGUAGAUUUUACAACCCAUAAAUUGAAUGAGGUUUUAAUUAAUAAUGGCUUUACACCUGAAUGGAUAACUAUGAGUAAAGAAAUUGAACACGACAUAGAAUUAUUGAAAGAAGAAAUAUCAAAAGAUAGAAUGGUACUAGGUUCAUAUCCAUUGAAUGAUACAGAUCAAGUAAAAUGGAAUAAAAUAUAUAAGAGUAAUAAGGAUUUAGCAAAAUCAAUUAAUACUAAGAUUAACACAUACAAUUUGAUAGUACCACUGCUGAACAAGCAAAAGUUUCAUGUAGAAUUUGAUGAGAUGUGUGAAGAUAUACUAAAAAAUGGAUUGCAUUCUGUGAUAAAAGAUGAGGAUAUAAAGAAACAACCAACUGGACAAGCUCUGGAUAAGGAUGAUGACAUUAUCGGUGUAUUUUUCAAAGCAGUCAGUGAAUUGUUUACAUUUAAUCCACAGAAGCGCUGACUGUUAUGUUAAAUGCUCAACUUGUACUCUAACAACAAAGAAAUGGAUGUAUCAAAUAUGCAGAUUAUAUUAAAAAACAUUAUAUGAAAUUGAAAGAGAUGCAAAGGAUAAUAGAAUUGUUACUACUUAGGUCCUUACAACACUUUACUCUUAUCAAAUACUUUAUAACAAACACUGCAUUGAUUUUGGAUUUUCAAUCAUUAAUUUUAUUCACUUUGAUAUGAAAAAAGGGUUCUAAGGGUGUCUAUUUUUCUUAAAAAUCCUAGUCCUUAAAUCUUUAAGGGAUACAUAUUAACAAAAUUUUGAAUUGUAUAAGUCAAAUUGUAACACAAACCUAUAGAAAGUUAUAGAAAAUAUCUGUGAUUAUUAGCUUUAGCCAAUUUAUUUAAUAGUUAAUAUUUUUUUCUAAUUAGUUUUCAGUAUAUUUAUUUUGAUAUUUAAAUUUAUUGUUGUAAAAUGUGAAAUAAAAAUUCAAUAAUUCUGAAA